UGGUCCGUUGUCAACUUAUCACUUUUUUAACUCCUCACGAACACUUGCUCGUCGCCCCUUAGCAACAAAACGACCUCAUUUUUAACCUUUUUAAUUGUUAAUUUUCACUCGAAUAAUGUCCGCCGCUCGGUAAUAGUUGGACGUGUGGUGUGACGUGGCUAAUUGGCGAGCUUUUGCCGUAAGGUUAAUCGUUGCCAGCUGAGGACUUUUGAAACAAUGUGUCAAACUAGCUAGCAGGUUGUUGAGCUAAAGGUAGCAGAAUUCAUAACGACAAUAUUUGUAUUGACUGGUCGUCAUAUUGUCAUUCGUUCGGCUUGUCGUUGCAGUCAUGCUCCGACUGAGGACGGCUCUCAAACGGCCUUUGAGCAUCUUGGGCUUGUCCUCUCCCACAGCCACAGGGGGGCUUUUACUCCCCCCGGCCCCCGCCGGCUUGCAUCAUGGUGUGGCCCGUACCCGGGGGCUCCACGACGCCGCCGAUGUCACCAAGAAGCCCCCGCCGACGGCAGUUCCGGACCGCCUGCCUUUUUCCACAGUGACCCGGGAGGACUUGGACUUCUUUCGGAGGAUUCUGCCGGGCAGGACCAUCACCGACCCUGACCUGUUGGAGUCGUGUAAUGUGGACUGGCUCAAAUCCGUCAGAGGUUCCAGUGAGGUGUUGCUGAGACCUCGGACAACACAGGAAGUCUCUCAGAUUCUCGGCUACUGCAGCGGGCGCAACCUGGCGGUGAACACGCAAGGGGGCAACACGGGGCUGGUGGGCGGCAGCGUUCCCGUCUACGACGAGAUCGUCCUCUCCACCGCGCUCAUGAACCGGGUCCUGAGCUUUGACGCCGUUUCCGGGGUCCUGACAUGCCAGGCGGGUUGCGUCCUGGAGGACUUGUCCGCCUACCUGGAGCAGCAGGACCACAUCAUGCCCCUGGACCUGGGCGCCAAGGGGAGCUGCCACAUCGGGGGCAACGUGGCCACCAACGCGGGGGGCCUGCGGCUGCUGCGGUACGGCUCCCUGCACGGCAACGUCCUGGGCGUGGAAGCGGUGUUGGCCGACGGUCAAGUGCUGGACUGCUUGUCCGCCCUGCGGAAGGACAACACGGGCUACGACCUCAAGCAGCUCUUCAUCGGCUCCGAAGGCACGCUGGGCGUCAUCACCGCCGUGUCCGUCCUUUGCCCCCGCAGGCCAAAAUCUAUCCACGUCCUGUUCCUGGGUUGCGAAACGUUUGAACACCUUCUGAAGACCUUUCAGCUGUGCCGAGGCAUGCUGGGAGAAAUCCUGUCAGCCUUUGAGUUCCUGGACAGCGAAUGCAUGCGGCUGCUCAACACCCACCUCAAGCUGGACAACCCCAUCCGCGCUUGUCCUUUCUACGUGGUGAUCGAAACGUCGGGUUCGGACGAGCGGCACGACGAGGAGAAGCUGCACAACUUUUUGGAGGAGGCCACGACGUCGUCGCUGGUCACCGACGGGACGCUGGCGACGGGAGAGUCCAAAACCAAGGCCCUGUGGUCGCUGCGCGAGCGCGUCACCGAGGCGCUGACGUACGACGGCUUCACCUACAAGUACGACGUGUCGCUGCCCGUGGAGAGCAUCUACCAGCUGGUGACCGACACGAGGGCCCACCUGGGGGGCCGCGCCAAGAGCGUGGUGGGAUACGGACACGUGGGAGACGGGAACCUCCACCUGAACGUGACCUCCCCCCGCAGAGACGCCGCCCUGCUGGCCGCCAUCGAGCCCUUCGUGUACGAGUGGACGAGCGCCCGGCGGGGCAGCGUCAGCGCCGAACACGGGCUGGGACUCAAGAAGAGGAACUACAUCUACUACAGCAAGCCCGCCCGCGCGGUGGCGGUCAUGGCGGCCGUCAAGGCCAUGCUGGACCCCCGCGGCAUCCUCAACCCGUACAAGACUUUACCGGACAGGUCGCGGUGAAAGUCGCGCUUGAGCUUUGAGGAAACGCCAAGGUAACGUCAAUCAUUUUUUUUCCCCCACAAAUAUUUAAGAUUACAAUAUCUAUUAAAGACAUUGAAACUAACAACGUAUCAGAUUGGUACUGUAACUUUAAAAUCAAGAUUUUCAUCAGAUAUCACGUAAGGUUGUUUUUACCUGCAAUUUUGAACGUUCCAGGUCGCUGACAUUUUGGCCAGUCACGUGACCUACGUUUCGCGGAUCUGACGUGUCAUGUGAUCAACCCGAGGGCUGGUUACGUUCCUUCACGGAGGAGAAAUACGGCCAUACAAACUCUGAAUAUCAUAUUUGUUUGUCACUUUUUUUUUUU